UUCUAUUGCUACUGCCAUAGUAACAGUAUAACGAGCCGGGGAUUCCCCGCAAUGCAUGUACAGACUGUGGGAAUGAGCUUCGUACGUACCUUUAUAUAUGGCGCUUUGCUUGGUGAUAUGAAUUACGGUGUGAGCGCAAUACGACCCUGUCUGUUUAUACACACUUUUCUGUCGUUCAUUAUCAUAAUAUUCACAUAGCUGUACACUGACUGAGAACUAGGAUCAUAUCACGCCGGAUACAUUCGGAAACCAGUAUGGAAAACAAUUCCAAGAAAAUACUGGAGACAAUCUUCAGAUUAGAUCCUGGUGUUGAUCUUACUCAGGAGCAACAAGACGACCUGUUUACAGCGAUGUCACCAAGAUGUCUAGUAGAAGCAUUCCUAGAUACUGAAUUCAUUGGGCUCAGAGACCAAUAUGCGACCUUGAAAAUGGACUCACUGAAGGACACCUUUCUCCCGCUCAAAGACAACAUUAAACUCUUAGAACAGGUAGCAGAAGUAAUCUUGAAGCACCUGAAGGACAUGCGUUCACAAUUAUGCAAGGGUGAAAUCAAAUCCGAUCUUCUCCGAGUAGUUCCGAUCCUAUUCGAGUGCCCAGCCUUCGACAGACCGGAUAAAGAGUGGGGUGAUCGUAUCAUCAGAAAAAUGGCAGAAUUCUUGAUCUUGAUGCAUGAAACUGCGAAGAGGAACUUCGAUGUGCUUGUUCGUUGGUGGGACGCGGACUCGGAUAUUUUAGCCAGAGUGAUUAAAGUCUACGUACAGGCAUACAGGAAUCUGGUGAAGUGUCUGUUCAAUUCUAAACCAAUAUCAACUGAUAACCUUUACAUACAGAUGUUGACAAUCUUGAGAGAGAUCAAUGAGUCGCUUGGGUACAAGGUUCCAGUCAAUCAGUUUUACAUCCGUCAACCAGGAUAUGAAGAAACAAACAGGAAGAUCGAGAUUUUGAUUCUUCAGCUUCAUCAACAGCAUUUGCAACUCUCUCUCCUGGGUCUCCUUCCAUUAGGUAACCUGCUAUUUCUACUGGAUGUACCUCUGAAGUGGAAAAUGCUGCGUAUAGAGUUCAACGAUACCAGUCUGCUUCACUUCACAAAGACAUUGAACGACAUUCUACUGAAAUUUGAGGAAACUUUCGGAAUAGGAUCUGGGAUCAUGUUCUUAAUUGGCUCACGCCAUUUGAAGAUACGUCCGGAACCACUAACCCUUCGAUUCGAAAUUGACGACGACAAAGAGAAGGUUGUUGAAUCGGCUAUCUCGAAGGUUGAAUGUAAAAAUGAAACAUCUCUCUUGCUCCCGUUCGAAGUCUAUUUCAAGGAUAACGUGUCUUUGGGUGUAAAUGCUGGUGGUCCCAUGAAGGAAUUCUUUUCCCGACUGUUCGAAGAGCUGUUCAAUGUUGGGAAGCAUUCCAUCUUCAAGAAACUCGACGAUUCUUCUUCGUGUACGACAUUGUGGUUUAACAAGGAUUCCAAGGAACUGGACAAGUUGCGAUCAGUCGGGAAGCUGUUUGCCCUGAUGUUCUACAAUAAGGUCAUCGUCACAAUGCCGUUUCCAUUUCUGUUCUACAAGAAACUGCUUGGAAAUAGUCAAUCUAGUUUCGAAGAUUUGAAACUACUAGAUCCCGGGAUGGCAAAGAGCAUGGGAACAUUGCUAGAGAUGAGUGACGAUGACCUUGCCGACUACAGCUUUACGGUGCAAGGACCGCUGAACGAACCGGAGAUCGAACUCAAACCAGCAGGCAAAGACGAGGCUGUGACCACUGCAAAUGUUCUAGAGUACAUUGAGCUUUACGCCAGGCACUACACAGCAUCUUCUCAGUUCGAUGUAUUCAGUGAGAGCUUUCGGAGCAUGUUCCGUCGAUUCACCCUUCACCGACUUUUCGCACCACAAGAGCUGAUGUCAUUAUUCCAAGGAGGGGAAUAUGAUUGGAAGGCCUUUCAAGGAAGCUUUGGUUAUGAGAAAGGCUACACAGCAAACCAUCGCGUGGUCGAGAUGUUCUGGUCAGUGUUCCAUGGUGAUCUCACUGAGGAUGAUAAAAGAGACUUUCUGAGAGUUAUGACGGGUGCUGACCAUGUCCCCAUUGGUGGAAUCCAGGAGAUUAGACCUAGGAUGUGGCCCAUGGGAGGAGACGAAGAUUGUAAGGGGAAAUCUCCGAAGGACAUGUGCCCUGAAGUGAAUACAUGUCAUGGUUUCAUCGUGCUCCAUCUCCCGAGGUACAAGAACAGAGAGCACCUAAAGGAACGACUCAUGAAGCUAAUAGAGAUGAAAGGGCAUGGAUUUCAUAAAUUAGUAGAAUAACCUUUGACUGUCGUAGACACUUUAAUAAUCUCGGUAUUAAAAACUAGUUAAUUAAUUGUAAUGUCGGGUCAAUUGAAAUAUAAUUUGUAUCCUGAUGAAUAGAGACAAAGUUAUGAAAUCGUAUAUCUGUCAUACACGCUGGCACUGAAUUUGGUCACACUGACAAACCGACUUAUAUUUUGGGCAAUUGGGAAUAAUAUAAUUGAAAAUUUUGUUUGGUCUGUAGUUGGUUUGAUAUAUUAUUGGUCUCGUUUGUGUGACUGAGCUGCGACAACAUCCAUUCAAGUGGUUUAAGGUUGAGAAAUUGGUAGUAAUUUUAAGAUUCAUUUUUUAAAAAUUAGUUUCCUCCAUCUUCGUUGAGUGCGCCUCGCUAUUACAACGUAAAUAUGUGACGAAGCCAACAAAAGACGGCGAGUAUGAGGAUGAAGAGGAUUAAACAAAGGUAAAUACAAAGUUAGACAUGUUCUGGUUGCCCAUACAAGAUGCUCAUCCAUGGGAAAAGUUAGUUUUCUAUCCCUUUGGCACAGCAGAGCACACUUGCACAAUACAUGUAGUUGAAUACAACCACCUAGUUAAUGAAUUAAAGGUUACCAACAAGCGGAUGUUGACCAGAAAACAGACUACAGAAAUAACUGCAUUUUCCCAGUAGAUCCCGUCAUUAGGUAGUAAAAAAAGAAUUCGAUUAGAUUUUAUGUAAUAACAAAUCGCUCAGACGUUUCCAAACAUGUCUUGUCUUUGGAAAGUUGGCAAAAUAGGAAUAUAAAAAUUUUAAAAUGUAACUAAUUUUGAUGAUUGCGAAUAAAAUCAUAUUUAAAGACAGAUUGUAUUGCAACAAUCGGCCGAUUUGCACGUGUUUAUACGAGAGAAUAAACAGAUAUGCACCGCCAAAGUGUUUGAUAUUCCUCUUAGUCGUACAUAGUACUACACUAAACAAUCAUAAAUUGAUGGCGUGCUGUAAGUGUUGUAUAUUCUUGCAUUUAUACAUUAAUGCAUUGUAAAACUGAUAAUCAAUAUGAAAAUAUCUUUAAAUAAUUAUUUCUUUAUUAUCUUAUAUUUUUCCCCACAAGGCGCCAUGGAGUGUUCUAUCAGACAUAUAUUCGAGCGGUUUCUUCACUGUGAUUGUUAUUGUUGUAUAAAUAUAAUUAUGAUUGUAUGCAAAAAUCUAAAGUAUUUUUUUACAUUUUGGAAUAAGAAAUUGUCAUUGGAAUCCCUCUAGGGCCCACCUCUCUCUUAUAUUUUAUUCUCGAGCUACCUGCCCGGGA